AUGACAUCCGAAUCCAUUGACGGGCUGCUGGCCCGGUACCUGGGCCUGCUCCACGAGUAUACCGAGCUGCGCGGCCAGCUGUCCACCCACCAGGCCAGCAUGUUUGGCAACUUGGCCCGCGCCAACUUUUCCGCCGAGCGCGGAUUCCGCUACGGCCCAGACCACUUCGAUGGGCGGAUGCAAGCCCUUGUGCGGCUGAAUAUCGCGGAAGACAGCAGGGGCACCAAGCCAGUGGCCGCGUCGUUCGCAGUGACGCGGCCCAGGAAGGGGGCCAAGGCCGACGUCACGGACAAGGAGAGCAAGGAAAGCCUGGACCUGGAGAGCGAUGAGAAAAAGUACGAAGAAGAAGAUGCAGACAACACGACGACAAGGCCAAUUUCCAGGAAGAGCAACCAAACGAAGAAGCCUUCCGGCCCACGAGACCCGCUGCAGUGGUUUGGCGUGUUGACUCCCAUGGCCUUACGACAGGCCCAGCAGGAGGCCAUUGAGGUCAUUGACAAUAUCGUGCCACGGCUGGCAGCACUCAGUGCCGAAAUGGCCGCUGUGGAGAUCGAAGUGCGGCGAGCGCGCAAGAAGAGGGCGCGGGCGGUCGUCUCGCAGCAGAAGGAUGACAAGAGCUCUGAGACGACGACGAAAAAUGAAGCAGCUGUUUCUGUUUGA